AUGACUAGCAUGCCUGGAUUCGACGUGGUUGAGAAGCUCAAGGGUCCUCUCAGUUCCUACUUCAGCCACAUCACCCAGUCUACCGGAUGUCAAGUCCUUCUGCGUGGUCGUGGGUCAGGGUUCUUGGAGCCAUCCUCAGGGAAAGAAGCGUUCGAAGCCAUGUACAUGUUUGUGAGCCAUAACACACCGGAAGAGCUGGCAGCUGCGGUGCAACUGUGCCAGGGUUUGCUGGACAGUGUCAAAAAACAAUAUGAAGAGUACAAGGAGAGCCAAAGACGGCCCAGCGGAGGGUUAGCCAGAGGCGAUGCCUACGGUUACACACAACACAUCAACUAUAACUCAAACGGAUACAACAAUGGGUACAACGAAGCACCUCAGCAACCACCACCCCCGCGACCGCAGCACCAACAAUACGAUCACCGUAGUCAGCCUCAGCCACCCCACCAAAGCCGAUACCCAGCAGCCACCUACUACCACCCCCCUCCCCCGCCACCCCCGCCGCAUGUCCCCGGUCCUCAACCAGCGAGUGCGAGCGCGAGCGCAUACACCCACUCCAGCAGUCAUCCCCCAAUCGGCUACGCAUCUGCUACACAUAUGCACGCCCCGCCUACGCAACCCCCACCCGGCCCUCCGCCCCCCUAUAUGCCUGCACCCCAAAUCUCGUCUCCAGCACUGAAUGCCCGGACGACGCUUGCGAGACCUACAACAGGGCCAGCGGGGCCUACUGUAUUAGCGAGUGUGAAUCUGCCGCCGCCUCCCCCGGGAGCACCGCCCACUCGCCUGCCGCUGGGUGCGCGUGCGCUGAUAGAGCCGCCGAUACCAGGGAUGACCAGAACAUCUGUUACUCGCAUACCCACACACUCACCCCCACCCCCGACACACAACGCCAAUGCCAAUGCUACUGCUACUGUCAGUAGGAAACGGAGGUUCCAGGAAACAUUAUCGGGCGCUGCGAACAGUCCCAGUGAUCGACUCGACCGGGCUCAUAGUCGGGAAGGAACGCGGAAACGUCGGUUUCAAGAAAGGGUGCGUACCCCAUCACCGUCGCCCCCUGCACAUGCGCGCUCACAAUCACCGCUGCCUCAGAGACAUCGCAGCCUGCAAGCACAUCCCGAGAGGCCUGAGAACGGUUCCCAUGAGGAAGUCGAGAAGCCAGAAAGUGAGAAGAAACAAAAGAUGAUACAGAAAUCAGCGUCUGAGCUUGCUUUAGUCGAUUAUGGCGAUGAUUCGGAUAGUGAUUAAUAAAGAGUUAC